UGAUCACGAUAUCUAUUGAGUCGUGAUUCACUCACACAAUUAAUUGUCCGCGAGCACCAAGACAGCAGAGGGCAGGCAUAGCACGCAGCACGGCAUACAACGGUCCCACCAAUGCAGGCCUUCUCGGUGGCUCAUUCCUCAUACAUCACCAACACAGACGAAAAACACAUAGCUGGCACCAGCUGCGUGAAGCUAGACGUCACACACGAAACACACACCACCGCAGAACCGCCAGCACAUGCACUAUCUCACUCAGCCGGCCCCUGUGUGGCUGCCUCGGGUGCUGCAUCAUCAGGAAACAGGCCGACAUCAAACCUAUGCGCAUAUCGGCGCAGCUGCCUGCCCGAACGCAGCGCAAACCCGGCCCUCUCUGCCUCCUCUUGGUUGAGCUCCUGGCGUCCAUCCCACAUCAGACGGAUGCCGUGGCAGAGAGAGAGCUCUCUCACUCUCAUCUCGUACUUCGGCAGCCUGUCGCGGAGCUCCCCGCGCAGCCCGGCCCUCCGCACGGUGUGGGUGUGGUCGUGCAUCUGCGCGAAUGUCUGCUUGACAGCGUCCGUGUCUCGGGGCCGCGGGAAGUGGUUGGCGGAUAUGAGCACGUUCGUCAGGUGGGCCUCGGCCGGAGCGACGCACCGGAUGAAGCGAAAGAUGGACGUGAGCUCCUCACGCACCUGAUGACGCACACAGAUACAACCAAUAAGCAACGGAACAUUUGGAUGUCCAUUUGCAAGUGCGUCCGUUUUCCCCUCUUUCCACCUGCGUGAUCUGUUGUGCGUCGUCAGUGAAGGUGUUGGUCUUCACGGCCACCGUGAAUCUCGUGAUCCGUCCAUAGUCGCGCACGAGGGCGGGAGGGGGUGCAAUUACGACUGGCAGCGUGUCCUCCCCCCACCCGUAUCCCAACUGCCCCGCCACCUCCAUCUCGACCUCCUGCAGUGGCGGGUCAUCUGGCCCCCGUCCGGCGGCCAAAUAGGCCAGCAGCUCAGACGCCAUGAUGCCAUCGAUGCACCGAAUGGUGACACGCUCGACGGACGGCAGUCUCGACAAAAAGCCGCUCAGCGGGUUCGGUGUGGACGGGACGAAGAGGCUGUCUGGCGGCGGGUUCGUGUUGCCCACACGGCAGAGCUCGAGGUGCGUGACGGCCGCCAGGGCACCGUCCCCGCCGAGCCACUCAGGGAGUGACGCAAAGGAGAGCUCGUCAGAGUCGGGGUUCUGGUAUGCCACCUCGAGACGCUUGACGUCGCCAAAGGCCAUAUCGCGGAAGAGGGGGCUGAUUGCUGAUGUGUUGUCGCCGU